AUGCGCGCAAGACGGGGUCAAGCGGCUGGGGCCGGGCGGCGGGCCAUGAGGAGGAGGGCGGCGGAGGCAGCGACGCCGCCGGGGGGCACCAUUCGCCGCGACCCCGCUGCGGCCUGGCCGCCCACGCGGGGGACGGACCCUGCCGGCCCGCGGCCCCACUCCCCACAGCUCUGGUCCCGCACCCGCGGCCGGAACCACGUCGGGGACCCGCAGGCCGUGAACCAGGCGACUGACGUGGUCCCGGAUGUUUUCGCCAUGCGAGUGCUGCUGGAAGAUUCUGGGGAGAUGUUCCGCGUAACAAACUGCCGCAGCAACAUGACGGUGCGGGAGCUCAAAGAGGAGCUGGACCUGACAGCCGGCAUUCCCUUCAACCUGCAGCGGCUGCAGUACCUGGACCAAGGAAUUUUGAUGGAUGAUGCUACGCUGAAGUUCCACGACGUUAUUCCUGGUGGAAUUAUUUCAUUAUGUAUCUGGCACUAUGAUGGAUGGACGGAACUGGUUUUGGCGGCUGUGGAAGGGGAUUCCAGUAAGCUGGCUUGCCUCGGCGUUGCCGAAGACACUUUCUACCGAACUGCAAAUUCGGGGCGUUUUGACGACAGGCAGUGGAAGAAGUGGAUUUCCCAGAGAGCGUUCGUGGCCUUGUAUGUUGCCUCACACAGGGGUCACUCAGAGGCUGUGCAGUACCUUCUAGAACACGGUGCCAACUGUCAGGGAAGAUCCCCCGUGGGCAGGACGCCCCUGCAUGUGGCUGCAGCCAUGAGCCGGCUGGACUGUAUCAGCCUCCUGCUCAACUAUGGGGCCUCCAUCAACGACAAGGAUGCCAAGGGGGAGACGCCCAUGUCCGUCGCCCGCCGCCUGAACCGUACCCAGAGCGAGCGACGGAUGUUCCUCUUCUACUGGCUGGUGAAGAUGGGGACUAAGGACCCGCUGGACCCUGUGGUGAACAAGGCUUUUCAGAGAGUCAAGUCCGGGUUCGGCACCAAGGACAGCAAAGCGUAGGACGUUUGCAUGUUGACACCAACUCGGGGUAACUUUCCUGAGUUCAGGUCCACGGUGAACAGUGGCCGUGGUGAGCAGAAAUUCAGGGAAACAUGACAAUUAAUCUGAAUCAGACACGAAAUGAUCUGUCCUGUUUGCAAAUGAUGUGGGGAGAAUAUUGAUAGAAGUGGGUGACUUUGUGUUCAUUUCCUAACCCAUUAUGGAUCUAACAGACUCCCACGCCAGCCUUUAAUUUCGAGCUAUUUGUUCAUUGUACCCAGGAACGCUGCUUGGGGUGAUGGGGACCAAUUACCUCCUCUCCCGUCUGGACACCAUCUAAUGCAUCCGCAUAACAGGGGUAAUGGACACAAUGAGAGUAGCUCUUGUUAUGGUACAAAACCAGGGCGGGCAGUUGUCGCCGGCUGGUGGGCAGUGUCACCUGUGAAUUCCAGCUCGUUAAAUUCAUGGAACAAGAUGCUCCCUGAGCUCGCAAUGUUCCAGAAGUUUUCCUGAGCCUUCCUGGAGGUGUCUGCUGUCUGAGUCAGAGGUAGGGUUGGGGUGGGAAGCUAGGCUGGCCAGAAGACAUCCAAGCUUGGUUGCCCACAAGGGGCACCUGGUUACUCUUGGUGAAAGGGGGUGAGUUGACAUUGGAUUUAAAGGAGACCAGUGCAAAAGAUGACGAUAGCUCGUAAAGAAGAGAGUUUGAACUGGCAGCUUCUUAUUGUCCUCUUGUCCCAUCCCCAAAGGUCCAAGCACCCUCCUCCCCCACACUAGCUUUCUCCUGUCCUUCUAGAACCGGGGGAGCUCCAGCAUCCUUACUAGGGGGCAGCGUCUGUGCUGGGCUCUGGGCUCAAUAGUCCAUGAAAGCUGCCGUGUGAGUGAUGAGCUGAGUGUAGGAGACCAGACGGAGGGGUGAGGACUGGAGCAGACUGGCGUGUACCCCGCCCACACCUUGCCUGAAGAAGAUGCUGCCGCUCAGCAGUAAGUAAGCCAAAGGCAGCUAGAGCUUUCCAGAGCCAGGAACCUGGCUUUUUAAUCUAAAUCUUGAUUUUUAAGUGUUGGCUUGAAUUAUCCCCUGGAGAAGGGAAAGGCUACCCACUCCAGUAUCCUGGCCUAGAGAGUUCCAUGGACUGUAUAAUCCAUGGGGUUGCAAAGAGUCGGACACGACUGAGCGACUUUCACUUUCUUUUCUUUUGAAUUAUUUUAAGACCAGCAUAUGGUAAAAAAUGAGACGAUUUGGGGCACACGGAUGGGCCUGCAAAACAUCAUCAAACUAACUUGUUUCACCUGGGAGAUGGUGGACACACUCUAGGACUCCUCGGACUGCUCCCUGGCUCCGAAACCUCAGGGUGGGAAUGGCCGUGGUUGUUCCCGGGCGAUGCUGUCCAACCUCGCCCCCACAGCCACACGUGUUUCUCUGAAGCCCUGAAUCCUGACACGGCUUCCAGGGCCAGUCUGUGUGGCAGUGGUCUCUCUACUGGUGCAGAUUCUUUUUUUCUUUUUUUUUGGUCUCAGACCUGAACUUAGUCAUUUUCCAAGGAACCCUGGUUCUGAAGUUCUGAUUUUUAAGGAGCUGGAAAAUGGCACUGCAUCCCAGCUGCCCUUCUCUCCAACUUACAUCCCAAGAACUGGAACUGGAUUCAGCUUUUACAUCAACGGGCCACAUUUCCUGCUGUCUUUGCAAGGAAGAUCCGUGUUGAUGAUGUGGCUUUAUGCUUGGUGGACGUGGCUGGACCCAGCUCAGCAAUCUGUUUGACAAAUAAUAGUUGGGGAAAAAGAAAAUACAGCUCGGCAUCAACUAUGUCAAAACAGAGAUCUUGUUUUUGGCAGAUGUUCCCCAAAGUCAAUAGGCAGAUAUUAAAUAGCCUCGCCCAGUGGGGUCAGUUCAUUUAGCUGAUGAGGUGUGUUGGCAGGGGGACCUGGGCACCCUUUUAACUUAACAAGUGGUGUGACUCACAGUCAUGGGUUUUCCGGGAGUUCUGCUCUCCUGUCUUUAUUGUUAGGAGAGUCACCUGCCUGACACUUGUCCCCAAAACUUUGGAGGGAAGCCCUCUGUCUUCAUCACCCCCAGUUCAGCUAAACACUUGGCCAGGAACUGAACAAGUUCCAAACUGUGAUGACAUUUUGCUUGGUCUGUGGCAGGGUCAUUAAAACCCUCCUGUAGGUC